GGUGCUGACGUCAUGGGGGCGGGGGGGGGCUUCCUUCGGUCGGAUUGAACUCCAUUUCCCAUGCUACCCCGCGCAUCAUCGCUGCUACUGCUGAGCCGCAGCUUCAGUUACCGAAGAUCCGCGGACCUGAAGGAGGACAGUGACCGAGGCUGCGCUCACGCCGGGAACGCGGACAGACUGUGGAACGGACGGACAGGACAGGUGAGACCCGCACAGGAGCUUUUCCUGAGGUUGUUGGCAUUGCGGGGUCAGAGGUCACGGUCCCAUGUGGUCUGAUAGAAGAUGAAACAACAUGACUUUGGACAGAGCGAGUCGGGGUCCUCCUGCAGCGCUCUGCCGGGGUCGCAGGUUUCACUGGAGGACAGAUCGACUGACUGCCACUGUGAAAAGCUGGAGGAGGGCGGAGCUAAAGAUGAAGAACAGAGCAAAGGUGGAGAGGAUGACAGAGCAGCAGGAAGCAGGGGAGGAUUCAGGGCGGGGCUACACACUGAUUGACAAGCUGCUCAUUGACAGUCCUCAUCUGCACCCUCUGCAGCUCAGGUGGGAUCAUCCCGUCGACAGUGCCGGGUUCUUCUCCUUCAUGACGUUUAAUUGGCUGACUCCUCUGGCCAUGUGCGCCCGCAGGAAGAAACAGCUCCUAUUGGACGAUGUCUGGGCUGUGUCGCAGCGGGAAAGCUGCCAUGACAACAGCAUGAGGCUGUGGGCUCUCUGGGAGGAGGAGCAGAGGUCAAAGGGCACAAGCGCCUCUCUGUGUUCAGUUGUCUGGGCGUUCUGUAGGAGACGCCUCCUGCUCUCCAUCCUCUGCCUCGCCGUCACUCAGGUGGCUGGGUUCAGCGGGCCGGCGUUCGUGGUGAAGCGUCUGCUCGAGUACACCCAGCAGGAGGAGGCCGACCUGGGCUACGGGCUGCUGCUGGUUCUGGGUCUCCUCGCCGCGGAGCUGGUGCGGUCCUGGUCUCUGGCUCUGACCUGGGCCCUGAACUACCGGACCGGGACCAGACUGAGGGGAGCCAUCCUCAGCCUAGCCUUCCAGAAGAUCCUGCGUCUGCGCAGCGUCAGGGACAAGUCUGUGGGACAGCUGGUGAACAUGUGCUCCAGUGACGGUCAGAGGAUGUUUGAGGCAGCAGCCGUGGGCAGUCUGCUAGCAGGAGGCCCCCUGGUGGCCGUCCUCGGUGUUGCCUACAAUCUGUUCAUCCUGGGACCGACCUCUCUGCUGGGCUCCACUGUCUUCAUCCUUUUCUACCCGACCAUGAUGUUCAGCUCGAGGAUGACGGCGUAUUUCAGGAGGAAGGGCACAGCCGUCACCGACAGGCGUGUUCAGAAGAUGAACGAGAUCCUCAGCUACAUCAAGUUCAUCAAGAUGUACGCCUGGGUCAAAGCCUUCUCGCAGGACGUCCACCGGAUCCGGGACGAGGAGCGCAGGAUCCUUGAGCUUACGGGAUACUUCCAGAGCAUUACAGUGGGCGUGGCGCCCAUCGUUGUCGUCAUCGCCAGCGUGGCGACAUUCUCCGCCCACAUGUUGCUAGGAUACGACCUGACAGCUGCUCAGGCCUUCACCGUGGUAACGGUGUUCAACGCCAUGACCUUUGCCCUGAAGGUCACACCGUUCUCUGUCAAGUCGCUGUCCGAGGCCUCCGUUGCUGUGGAAAGAUUCAAGAGUCUCUUCCUGUUGCCUGAGGUCGAUGGGGUCCGAGCGCUGCCCACCAACCCUCAGGUUGCCGUGGAGAUUAGCGGUGCCAGUCUGGCGUGGGAAGGAGGUGGACAGAGCGCUCAACCCAGUCCGAGUGUGGGAGGGGCCAGCAGACACCGACAGAGGGAAAAGUGCAGAGACUCGGCCGUCAUCCAGGAAGAGGACGAGGAGGAUGUGAAGGACUCCCUGCUGAGAGGAAGAGAAGGAGGAGAGGAGAGAAGUCCGGAGGAGGAAGACGGGGAGGUGUGUCCUCCAUUGCUGCCCACCCCCUCCAUCCCUCAGCGGCUGCAGAGCACGCUGCACAACAUAAACCUGAGCAUCCAGCAGGGGAAGCUGCUCGGCGUCUGUGGGAGUGUCGGCAGUGGAAAAACUUCGCUUGUUUCAGCUAUCUUGGGACAGAUGAUGGUGCUGGAGGGCAGCGUGGCGGUCAAAGGAAGGCUGGCAUAUGUGGCCCAGCAGGCCUGGAUCCUGAACGCCACGCUCAGAGACAACAUCCUGUUUGGGCUGCAGUAUCAGGAGGACAGGUAUCAGUCCGUCCUCAGUGCCUGCUGCCUCAGACCCGACCUCGCUCUUCUGCCCAGCGCUGACCUCACAGAGAUCGGAGAGCGUGGUGCCAACCUGAGUGGUGGGCAGCGGCAGCGAAUUAGCUUGGCCCGCGCCCUCUACAGUGACCGGGACGUUUACAUCCUGGACGACCCGCUAAGCGCCCUUGACACCCACGUGGCCAGCCACAUCUUCCACAACGCCAUCAGGAAGCAGCUUCGCCACAAGACCGUCAUCUUCGUCACCCACCAGCUGCAGUAUCUGGUGGACUGUGAUGAUGUCAUCUUGAUGAGAGAGGGGAGUAUUGUGGAACAGGGUAACCAUGACAACCUGAUGAAACUCAGUGGAGACUAUGCCGCCAUGUUUAACCUCUUCCUGCUUGGAGACAAACCACACAUUGAGGUACCUGCCUGUAGCUCAUCUCUCUGUCUCACCUGUCUGUAUCUCACAUGUCUCUCUCUCACCUGUCUGUAUCUCACAUGUUUCACUUGUCUGUAUCUCACAUCUCUCUGUCUCACCUGUCUGUAUCUCACAUGUCUCUGUCUCACCUGUCUGUAUCUCACCUGUCUCACGUCUCUGUCUCACCUGUCUGUAUCUCACAUGUCUCUGUCUCACCUGUUUCAGGCUCCGAGCAAGAAGAAUGGCGGCUCUCAGAGGAAAUCAGCGGACACUAAACCAGGAUCAGUGAAGAAGAACAUCCCGGUCGUCAAGGACAACGGGGAGGAGCAGCAGUACGGGGCCGUGGUGUGGCCUGUGUUCCAGGUGUACAUGUCAGCAUGUGGUGGCUCCGCCUCCUGCCUGCUGAUCGUGGCCCUGUUUGUCCUGAAUGUGGGAAGCUCUGCCUUCUGCCAUUGGUGGCUCAGUUACUGGAUCAAUCAAGGCAGCGGGAACACCACGGUAACCCUUGGCAACAGUUCGACAGUAAGUAUCAGCAUGAGAGAUAAUCCCAUGAUGCAACAGUACGCCGCCAUUUACGCCUCCUCAAUGGGAGUCAUGUUGCUCUUCAAACUCAUCAGAGGGGUCGCCUUCGUCAAGGGAACCCUCCGAGCUUCCUCUAAGCUGCAUGAUGAGCUCUUCCAUAAGAUCCUGCGUUGCCCCAUGAAGUUCUUUGACACGACUCCCACGGGACGGAUCCUCAACCGCUUCUCCAAGGACAUGGAUGAAGUCGACACUCGUCUGCCCUUCCAAGCGGAGAUGUUCAUCCAGAACGUGAUCCUGGUCUUCUUCUGCCUGGGCGUGAUCAGCUGUGUUUUCCCGUGGUUCCUGGUGGCCGUGGGUCCUCUGGUCCUGCUCUUUGCGGUGCUCCACAGCAUCUCCAGGGUCUUCAUCCGGGAGCUGAAGCGGCUGGACAAUGUGACAAUGUCUCCCUUCAUGUCCCACAUCACCUCCAGCAUCCACGGCCUGGCCACACUGCAGGCCUACGAUCGAGGCCGCGACUUCCUGCACAGGUACCAGGUGUUGCUGGACCAGAACCAGGCCCCGUUCUACCUGUUCAGCUGUGCGAUGCGGUGGCUGGCUGUGCGCCUGGACAUCAUCAGUGUGGCUCUGAUCAGCAUCACAGCUCUGAUGAUGGUUCUGAUGCAUGGAAAGAUCUCCCCUGCCUACGCCGGCCUUGCUAUCUCCUACGCCGUGCAGUUAACAGGUCUGUUCCAGUUCACGGUGCGCCUGGCCUCUGAGACCGAAGCUCGCUUCACCUCCGUUGAACGAAUCCAUCACUACAUCCAGUCCCUGUCCCAGGAGGCGCCGGCCCGGGUCAAAGGUCGAGCCCCGCCGCCCAACUGGCCGCAGGAAGGGAAGCUGGUGAUGAAGGAGGUGGAGAUGAGGUACCAGGAGAACCUCCCUCUGGUCCUCAACAAGAUCUCCUGCACCAUCCGACCCAAGGAGAAGGUCGGGAUCAUUGGCAGAACCGGAUCAGGUAAGUCGUCUCUGGGCGUGGCCUUGUUCCGGCUGGUGGAGUGCUCUGGUGGCUCCAUCUUGAUCGACGGCGUGGACAUCAGUGACAUCGGGUUGGCCGACCUUCGUAGCAAACUGUCCAUCAUCCCUCAGGACCCGGUGCUGUUCAGUGGCACCGUCAGGUCCAACCUGGACCCGUUUAACCAGUACAGUGAGGAGAAGAUCUGGGACGCCCUGGAGAGGAGUCACAUGAAGGAGUGUGUGUCCCAGCUGCCCCUGAAGCUGGAGUCAGAGGUGGUGGAGAACGGAGAAAACUUCUCGGUGGGGGAACGUCAGCUGCUGUGCGUGGCCCGAGCGCUGCUGAGACGGUGCAAGGUACUGAUCCUGGACGAGGCGACUGCAGCCAUGGACGCCGAGACAGACGCUCUGAUCCAGGAGACCAUCAGGAGCUCGUUCCACCACUGCACCACCCUGACCAUCGCUCACCGCCUCCACACUGUCCUGGCCUCCGACCGCAUCAUGGUGCUCAACCAGGGGCAGGUGGUGGAGUUCGACGAGCCGUCCAAACUGCUGGCCAAUGAGAACUCACGGCUGUGUUCGAUGCUGGCCGCCGUGGAAAACAAGAUCUCGGUGCGAGGAUGAGGACAAAGAAGCUGCUGUACUGUAACUGACCUCAGGGUGGCGCUCGCGGGCAUCGCUCUGACUUACUGUUGCUUUUUUGCGACAUUCUUCUCUCGAAUCAUGUGACCGUCGUUUUUAUGACCUGAUGUGAAGCAGGUCUGUGCUCACUGAAGUGCUUUAAACAUCUGUCACAUGUUGUCUGGUGGGUGGGGCUAAAGGACGCUGUACUUUAAUCUCUGUUGUUUUUAUCGAUGUUGUUUCGCCUCGACUGCGGUUUCCUUUGAUCCAGAAGCUGAUCAGCUAUUUAUGAAUUUGUUCAGAAUGUAAAGAGGACUGUUUUUAUUCUAACCUGACACACGUGAGCUUCUCUACAUUUUUAUAGUCUCUUUUUUGCACGUUUGUGUAGAUUUGAUUUUUAGUUCGUAAAGUGAAGCCUGUGCUGCCCUCUAGAGGAGAAGCACAGUAAGUACAUAUUAGUCCGGUUGGACUGUUAAUGACUCUGUAACUUGUUUGAUAUCAGUGAAAAAUGCAGCUUUUAAUCUCAGAGCGCGGCCGCUUUGUGUUUGCGUAGCGGCUGUGCUCAGGCUUCGUGUUGGUGGCUCUGUGAUCAGACAUCAUGAUAUUUACUGCAGAACACGCAGGAAGUGCCCAUGCACAUGAAAACAGUGAUUUAUUAAGCCUGAUGUUUCUGUUUCCUCCGUUUAUGGAGUUUCUUUUUCUCUUAAACGUCUUUAUUUAAUGUGAAAAUUAGAAAACGAUGCUGACUCCAGCGUGCGGGGCUCGAGCUCGGGCUGUGCACAUGUCAGCGUGUCUCUGUAGCUGUUCCUAUAAAUAAACUACUGACUUUAACUCCA